GUGGUGAAUAGGUGGCGCUUCAUAGAAGGUGUGGCUUGGCUCUUGCAAAGACACAAUGGUCCAUUUCCAGUUGUCAGCUCGUGCUUAUGCUAAACUGAUCUGCCACUCUGCUAAGUAUCCGGAUAGAGAAAUUAAUGGGGCUUUAAUUGGAACCAUAUCUAAGAAGGAUAAUCGUGUACAGAUACAGGACACCAUCCCAUUGUUUCACAUUGAACUGGGCGUGGCUCCCAUGAUUGAAGUAGCACUUAAUCAAGUUGAGCUGUAUGCUAGCAGUAAAGGAUUGACUAUAGUUGGGUACUAUCAAGCAAAUGAAACUAUUGAUGAUACAAGUAUUAAUGAAACAGCUGCUUGCAUUGGAAAGAGAAUAUCAACCAACUGUGACACUUCAUGUAUUUUAAUGGUUAGUUAUUAA